AUGGUAUCGUCUCGAGCGAUCCAGGACCCUAGCCAAAACGAAUACACAAACGUCACGCAGCACGCUCUCUCCGCUCGAGGCCGCGCUCCUCCUCCCCCUCCCCCUGCGAGAUACGUCGAGGGCAAGGCGUUCUACUACGACGGAUGGCCAGAAAGCGCCAGCCAGAUUACCGACUUCGAGAACCUAUGGGGGCAACUCGUUGAUCUCUUAAAUCUAGUGGGCAAGAUAGAGGUCGACGACGUCUUCGACCGAUGGUAUGGCGACUGGGGACGUCCACUUGUGCAAAGUGUUUUCGACCGCAUGAAAGCCCAAAUCAAGGAGCGAGACUCUGCAUCGAAAUCGUCGAAGCGCGACACCGACGCCCCUAAGAUCUGGAUUUCCCGAAAUGAUUAUCUUCAAAUCUGCUCCAACAGAUGGGUCGAGGCUUAUUUAACCACUGUUUCUAAACUUAGAGGGGCAGGCGUUAAGUUGAGCGCAAAUAGCAAGAAGAUGGGGGACAAUAACUGUCUUAUUCAUUUCUGCAAAGACCAGUUCGACCAUAAUAAAAACAAUCAAGUCACUGAUUGCAACAAAGUUAAAGACCAACGAAUGAACAAUGACCUGGAUGGUCAAGUGGGGACAUUGUUGCAUGAACUUAUCCAUUGCCCGUCGAUUGGAGACGCCGCAAUGGACGAAUAUGGUCAGGGACCCAUCCUCAUUGGGCAUGACGAGGUUUACGAUGCAUAUGAAUGCACUCAGUUGAAAGAGAAAUGUGACAACGUGGCUCCUCGAAAUCCACAAAGCUACACCUUCUACACAGCGAACCGGUCUUGGAACAAGAAGUGUUCUUUUAAUUUGAAAGACCCCUUCCAAGUUCAAGCGCCGUAG